UGAAAGGGGGCAGAAUGUAGUUCCACUCAGACCGUGUUCCCUUCGGUAUUUACACCUCACUGUUUCGCCAAACUACUUUGUUCCCCUGGAAGCGGUUUUCAACAUCCAGCCGACAUCAUGUUCCUGCGCGGCUCUAAGAAGCGACGGUCGAACCGCUCGCAGGAGGAAGAGGACCCAGACAGAGGCCAGCCCUGUAUGCGCUGUGGAGACCAGUGCCCCGGCUUCCGUGUUCAUGGCUGGAGGAAGAUCUGUGUACAUUGCAAGUGUGUGCGAGAGGAGCAUGCUGUGCGCUCAGUGCCGGGGCAGCUGGAAAAGAUGAUGACAAAGCUGGUAUCAGACUUCCAGAGGCACUCCAUCUCCGAUGACGACUCAGGCUGCGCCUCCGAGGAGUACGCAUGGGUCCCACCUGGGCUCAAGCCCGAACAGGUGUACCAGUAUUUUAGCUGCUUACCAGAGGACCGGGUGCCUUAUGUGAACAGUCCAGGAGAGAGAUACCGAAUCAAGCAGCUGCUGCACCAACUUCCGGCCCACGACAGCGAGCCCCAGUACUGCAACUCUCUGGACGAGGAGGAGAAAAAGGAACUGCGUCUGUUCAGUCAACAAAGAAAAAGAGAAAACUUGGGCCGAGGCAUCGUCAGACUUUUCCCAGUAACCAUGACUGGAGCCAUCUGCCUGCAGUGCGGCAGACAAAUCUGCGGUGGAGAUAUUGCAGUGUUUGCCAGUCGGGCAGGACACAGCAGCUGUUGGCACCCUCAGUGUUUCCAGUGUGCCUCCUGCAGUGAGCUGCUGGUUGAUCUCAUCUACUUCUACCAGGACGGGCAGAUAUAUUGUGGCCGGCACCACGCUGAGAGGCUCAAGCCCCGCUGCCAGGCCUGCGAUGAGAUUAUUCUAGCAGAUGAAUGUACAGAGGCAGAAGGAAGAUACUGGCACAUGAAGCACUUCUGCUGUUUUGAGUGUGAGGCCGCGCUGGGCGGUCAGCGUUACAUCAUGAGGGAGAGUCGACCGUACUGCUGCUCCUGCUACGAGUCCCUGUACGCAGAGUGCUGCGACACCUGUGGAGAACACAUAGGUAUUGACCAGGGUCAGAUGACAUAUGAGGGUCAGCACUGGCACGCUGUGGAGUCGUGUUUCUGUUGCGCCCGCUGUCGACUGCCACUGCUGGGGCGUCCCUUCCUCCCUCGCGGGGGGCUCAUCUUCUGCUCCAGACCCUGCUCGCUGGGCGAGGACCCCAAUAACUCAGACUCUUGCGACUCGGCUCUGCAGAGCAGAACGCCUCACAAUAGACGAAGUGGAACAGAGAAACGCCAACAGCUCCAGUGUGGUUCUCCCCUGCAGCCACUAGAGGGCAUCAACCCCACUGUAACGACUGCAAAAGACUGCAUUCAUACUGCAGUGGAGAACAGAGGUGUCCACUGUACUGCUCCAGUUCAAAAUGGACUUCCUUCACCCAGCGGUCAUCCUCAUCCAAGAGGCUCCUACUCUCCUCUGCCCCACAUUCAUCUAGGAAAUGGCUUAGGUCCAUCCUGGCCCAGUGACAUCCCACAUUACAGUUUAUUGCCGGAGGACUGUGGUGUCAAACCUUCAGUCAGUGGUCUUCAGUUGCAGGGAGAGCUCAAUGGAAAUACUGGACUAAUUGGUCUGAAUUUAAGAGGAACUUCUGCUGAUAAAGACUGUAGGAAUUGGGUGGAAAAGACCAAUCAAGUAAUGCAAGCGUUUCCUCCUAAGAAAAACUCACACAUGAACCAGCUCAUUUCCCCCGACUCGCCUCCUCUCCCACCAAACAACCCCUCCACCCUCCCACCUCCUCUGCCCCUAAAGUCUCGUGACGUGAUUCCCAGAGAUUCACCUCCUCCGAACCCCCCGCAGCCAGAGGACGGACCCGACGAUUCUCCACCCCCGCUGACUCGCAGCAGCACAGCCAGAGUCAGCUUCAGAGAACCAAUCAGCAGCAGCUACUCUGUUGAGGAGGAUGAAGAUGAGAAUCAGGAGGGGCACCAAGUAGAAAACCAGCAAGAUGAAGAUGAGGAGGAAGAGGAGGAGGAGGAGGAGGGAGGUUUUGGAAGCAGGUUGCAUCUGCAGAAAGGCAUCCCACCACAGAUGGACCUACUGGAUGGGUCUUCGUAUCAGCAGCGCAGUCUGAGGCGGGGGUGGAGUCGCUGCCGCAUUCCUUCAGACCCUGCUCUCCAUCCGGGUUCAGAGCGGCGCUCUCGACGCUUGAGGCCUGACCGGCCUCACCUGGACACCCUGGACUGGAGAUGCGAGAAAGAGAGAGACAUCUGGGGCUCUUCCAACAGCUCCUCCUUAACUCUCCAGCCGGGCCACUACAAGCACGAGGACUGUUCUACCUGCUCCUCAUCCUCAGACUCUGAGGAGGAGGGCUUCUUCCUUGGAAAGCCCAUUCCUGUUCCCCCGCAACUUCGAAAGCAGGAGCCUGGGGAGGGCAAAGACCGGGAGGCAGAAGAGGUGAAGGAGGUGCAGAGGGACAAGGGACUGAGAGGCAGCAUAAGACGGAGAAGAGCUCACAGUCUGGGUGCAAAGGACAAAGAUAAAAACUGUGUUGUCUCCUAACCCCCAGCAGCUAGCAGCAUUAAAACAUAGCGUGUUAUUUUUUAAAUUAUGGUGCACGAGAAGAACUAAUGACCACCAUCAAUCUGGUGUUUACCAGGUUUCUGAUGCUGACGUAAUGUUAGAUCUAACACUCACAUGCAGACUUUUCCAAAGCUGAACCGCAGCCAUUGUUCCUGACACACCACUCAGCAAAGGGAAGGGAAAUAAACCUCAAGUGUCUGCCUUGUGUUUAAGGUAUUGACUUCUCGUUGUUUGACUUUGAGGUGUUGCAGUAUAAAAAAUAGUGUACUCGGCGUAUGAAUCAUGUCAGUUGUGAUGAAUGUGGAGUGAGUAUUUGUCACAAAGACUGUUUUUGCAGUCAAUUUGAACUGUUGUUACCUGGCAGUAAAAUGCUAUUAUCAUCAACUAUAUGCAAACUUGCAGGAGCACGUAUGACCCGGGGCCAAUUUCACAGAGGAAGGCUUUCACCAUGACUUAAACAUAAUUCAGACAGUUUGAACUGUUCCACUGUGUACAAAGCUAUCAAAGUAGGGGGAUUUUCUGUUUAAAUUUGGACUUUUUUCCACACUACAAACUGUAGCUGACUAAGCAACCAUCUCAAACAGCUCAACUCCCUGCAGAGGUAAAGUUUUAAUAGAAACAGAGACAUUUAAAUGGUAAAAACUCUUCUGUUAAUUCCACAGUCGAGUUCAAAGUGAAAAUAGUCUCACCAUUGCUGUUUAUUUCCAACACCUUACUGCACUUUCUAAAAACUUCUCACAUUGCAUCUCAAAACAUGUUAAAAACUGCAAAUUAUGAGCCACGUUUUCCUUUUUUUUAUCAUGUGGGAACACUGGUCAGCAGGUGUCUUUAGUUGUUACCAUGGAAACAUGGGCGACAAAUUAUAGGGGAAAACCUGAAUCCUCCUUACUCUUACAGUGAGGGCUUUCCAGUGGCUCUCAUGCUGUGGGGACAUUUUGUGGUUGUGUCCCUUGAGAGGAAAGUCACUGCAAAGUUGUUCUGAAUGACCAACUUCAUCCGAUUAGUCAUUGCAUGAAAAAACAAUCAGUGCCUCCCAGUGAUCCCUCAGAAUCAGCAGAUUUUUUUUUUUUUUUUACAAUAACUUCAGUGUAUUUAACAUAACCAUGCAGUUUUUCCCUUCAUGCUAUGAAUCUUAUCCAAGUUCCAGACCUUGAAGCACAUGGGGAUGGGCAGUCUUCUUUUUUCAGCAAUUUGGAGCCCUCAAAACUUUAUAAGUACAGCAGACAACUACUUUAAGUUUUUAGGAUUGAAAACCACUUUUGAGCUCCGUUCAGUACUGCAACCAAAUCAAUUUUACAUCCACUCCAGGUGCAACAAUCUAAGGCUAAAAUCUUA